UUUGCGCGGCGCUACGAGGAGACCGGAGCAGGAACGGCAACUGCCGCUGCUCUCUCCCGUCGCCGCUUGGAAGGCCGCCCGCGCGGGGCUCUGGGUCUGUCUGUGUCCGCAGAGGAGCGGGAGGAGGAGGAAGCUGGGCGGCUGGGGCUCAGCGGCUACGGGCUUCUAGAGAGAGAGAGCCAGGCCGAUCCCUACCGGGAUCUGUCUGUCUAUAGAGGUAUGUGCCCCUGAGGGGAGGAAGGCCAGGCCAGCCCCUCUGACGGCCCCGUCUCCAGGCAGAAGGGCCGGAAAGCAGCACGGCCUCCAGGACGCCGGGUGGGGUGCCAGCCGGGAGGAUGGGCCUCGCAGCCCCGUAAGGGCCAUAGGCAGACCCUCUCUGUCAGCCUUUUGUCCGCCCAGGGAACCGCUGCCCUUGUUAAUAGCCGUCGUCACACUCUCUCAGCCCCAGGAAGCAGCAGCAGCAGCAGCAACAGCCGCCGCCAUUAUUACUGUCCUGGUGGAUUCUUUCUAUCCUGGCUCCCUCCCAACUGCCGGAGUCAGGGAGGCAGGCAGGCACUGGUCCUGUCUACUCAAGGCCCAGAGCGCAGCGGAGCUUAAGGAAGGAGGGCCCCACAACAGACUCCAACUCCCAGAAUGCCAUAGCCUUGAGCCGGGAUGCAGCCUUGAUAGGUUGAGUUACGUUCAGGUCUGAGGCUUGCCAUUGCCUCCUGCUGAGGCCGAGAAGAGCGGGGUUCGAAGAGUCCAUGUUUGUGGCUUGUGCGCCUUUCCCUCUCUCUCUCUCUCUCUCUCUGCAUCAGAGUCCAUUUAGCUUAUGUCCCGUCUCCAUCCAUCGCUCUGUCCUUCCAUCAGUACAGAAGUCCCCUCCUCCCCAUCAUUACAGGGAAGACAAACUGAACUGUGCCUCGAAAGGGCCGCCUUCUUCAAUCUUCCCUGGCAUCUUCUCUUUGCCUCUUGUCUCCCUUCAAGUUGUUUCCGACCCGGCGGCCCUGGGAUGGGUUUUCUUGGCCAGGUUUGCCUGUCUUUGCAUUCCUCCAAGGCUGAGAGAAUGUGACUUGCCAAGGGAUGUCCCAUGGCUGUCCCUGACAAGCAGGGAUUCGAACCCUGUGGGCCUCCAGUCAUAAUCCCACAUGGAUGGGGAGUUUGACUUGUGAGCUGCCUUGGAAAAGCCACAAAUAAAAGAUCCCACUGUUCUUUGUCCUUGAGAGAAGACCUCUCUAGGAAUCUCCAGGUCCUCCAGGGCAACUCUGUGGUCAACAUCUGCCAGAGGUUGGUCCCAGAGCCAGGCUGGAAGACCUACAAAUGCCUAGAGAAGGCCAGCAUCCGGCAGAAUUGCGCUGGAGGAUCUGGAGAUUCACAGAGAGAACAUAGGAAUGAAAUCUGCAAAUAAUCAAAGCCACAGAAGUCAAUGCUGCAGAGGACCAGUUGUAAUAGAAAUAAAUCCUCCAUCACAAGCCCUGCGAGACGCCCAUGUUGUGGUAGCUAUCCAGCGCGGUCCAAAGUGGCUCCUCUCUUCCGGAAGACAAAAUGCAGGAGCCAGAAGGGAUUUGGGUUUGGGGAGGGACAGGGUCCGGUGCCUCUGCCUUUGUGUGUAGGAGGGGGGGUCUACUGUGCCAGAGGCUUGCGGGGUGAUAAUGUUGUGCCUUGACUUGUGUGUGUGUGUGUGUGUGUGUGGUGUUGCAGUGUCCUGUGGCACCUGGACGACUGCCAGACCCGUGGGAGAGUCCUCCAGAGGGGCCACUCUGUUUGGACCAGCCAUUGAUCCCACUCCAGGCCAUGGAGGCCCCGGCUCCACUUAAGGCCACCAUGGAGAAAGAGGGCCCCCUCCUGCCAAAAGGCUCCUCCCGGCUCCCAGUGCCCUGCCUGCGGCCCAAGCGGCCAGCCCCCAAUGAGAACGAGCCCCCACAGCCCCUCCAGAAACGCGCCCGGGGAGACCCCUCCGCCGCUAAGAGAGGAGCCAUGACCAUUGCCACAUCUCAAUGCAGGGCACUGGCAAUGGUGGCAGCGGCCCCUGCUGCCCACCGAAACCUCCGCAGGGGACUUGUUUCAACCCGUCAGGCAGUUCCUGUGGGGCCCCCCAAACCAGCCUCUACUUCUUCUGCCACCACUGGGAAGCGGGCCCCCUGGGACCUGAAGGGGCAGGUGAGCGACCUCCGGUCGAAGGUGGGAACCUACAAGGAGAAGCUCCAGGGCCUGGCCGGGGAGAACGAGGCCCUCCGGCUCCAGGUGGCUGAGCUCCAGGCAGGGCUGGGACAGGCAAAGGCCCAAGCAGAGGAGCUCAGCGGACAGGCCAGCACUUUAGCCUCAGAGCUGCAGGUCAGUCAGGAGCAGGCCAAGGAGAACAGCCAGAAGGUCUCGGAGCUGCUAGUCAAGGAGCAGGAGCUGGAGGAGACCCUCCGGAGCCAGGCUUCAGCCAUCAGCCACCUAGAAUCGGCUGGCCAGGAGGCAAAGGAGGCCAAUGGGUUGCUGGCGGCCCAGCUGGAGACCAGAGAGGCGGAGCUACUUCGCACGGAGGUGGACCUGGCUGAGCAGAGGGCCCAGAGGGAGGCCCUGGAGGUCCGGGUGGCUGAACUGGAGCAGAAGCUGCAUGAAUCGGAGAUGGAGCGCCGACACCUGCACAACGCCGUUCAGGAGCUGAAGGGUAACAUCCGGGUGUUCUGCCGCGUGCGGCCGCUGCUGCCUUGCGAGAAGGAGGCCCAGAAGGGGAUGGCACACCUCCACUUCCCUCCGGAAGACAGGAAGAGCCUUGUCCUCUCCAAGGCAGAAGAGUCCCACGUCGGCCGCGAGCGCAAGGAGGACAUCACCUAUGAGUUCAACUUCGACCGGGUCUUCCCUCCCUCCAGCUCCCAGGCCGAAGUCUUUGAAGAGAUUGCGCUGCUGGUGCAGUCUGCCCUGGACGGGUACCACGUCUGUAUCUUUGCCUACGGUCAGACGGGGAGUGGCAAGACCUACACAAUGGAGGGGCCAGACAAGAUGGAGCCAGACACGGUGGGCAUGAUCCCGCGGGCUGUGCGGCAGAUCUUCCAGACCGCCCGGGAGAUGGAGGCCAAGGGAUGGAAGUACCAGUUCAUGGCCAACUUCCUGGAGAUCUACAACGAGUCCCUCAGGGACCUGCUGGUGUUGCGACCGGAGCAGAGCCCUGAGCUGGAGAUCCGGAGGGUCAGUCCGCACACUGAGGAGCUCCAUGUCCCCAACCUCAGCUACGUCCCUGUCGCCUCAGAGCAGGAGGUGCUGAGGCUGCUCCAGCGAGCCAAAGCCCACCGCUCCGUGGCCCGGACCAGCCUCAACGAGCGCUCUUCCCGCAGCCACAGCCUCUUCCAGCUCCACAUCGAGGGCCAGAACGUCCCCCGGGAACUCCACACCACCUCGGUGUUGAGCCUGGUGGACUUGGCGGGCAGCGAGCGGCUAGACAAGUCCCUCUCAAAGGGGGAGCGGCUGAAGGAGACCCAGGCCAUCAACAGCAGCCUCUCCAACCUGGGCCUGGUCAUUAUGGCCCUCAGCAACAAGGAGGCCCACAUCCCCUACCGCAACAGCAAGCUCACCUACCUGCUCCAGAACUCCCUGGGAGGCAGUUCCAAGAUGCUGAUGUUUGUUAACAUCUCCCCCUUGGAGGAGAACUUUGGGGAGUCCCUCAGCUCCCUCCGCUUUGCCAGAAAGGUGAACGAGUGUGUCAUCGGAACGGCAUCGGCCAACCGGAAAUGAGCGCCUCUCGGGCCAGAGGCUUUGCUGGCCGCGCAAUGGACCUGGGACGGCUCACAGUCAACCACUGGCCAAAGGGGGAGACAUCCCCAGUUCUUCUCUUCUCUUUCUUUCUCUCAUUGCCUUUUUUACUUUGUAAAGUUCAUUUUUAAAAGCCAGUAAACGUAUUAAAGUUUUUGAACAAAGAAGGGCAGAGGAUGGUCUGUCCUUGC